AUGACGGCGCUCGCGCCGGUCGUGGCCUUCUGGCGUGAGUUCGAUCUCGACAACAAAUGGCGGUCCAAGCUGGAUGAGGUGGGCCUGAAAAUUGCGGAGCACCAGGAGCAGUCGACCUCCAGCCGCCGCCUGCUGGCGGAGGCCACCAAAGACUGGAAGCGCACGUCCGGCGAGGCGGGCAAGGCGUCUGGCCCCAUGGUGAAGCGAUACCAGGAAGAGGUGGACUCCCUAACCAAGCGCGCGCGGCACGCUGAGUCAGCAUUUUUGGAGCUGUACCAGGAGCUGUAUGAGGCCCCCGACCCGGCGGCGGCGCUGUCGGCGGCGCUGGAGGCGCAGGCGCAUAGCGCGCAGCUGGAGGCCCAGGUGCGCAAGCUGUCGAGUGAGCUGGCGGAGUACAAGGCGGAGAGCAAGGCCAUCAGGAACCAGGACCUCACAAUCCGCAAGCUGGAGGAGGCGGCAAGGGAGCUGCAGGCGGCGCUGGAUGCGAAGGAGGAGGAGCUGCAGGCAGCUAAGAGGGAGGCGGCGGCAGAGGCGGACGCCGCGGUGGUGUCGCGCAUGCAGGAGCGCGAGUCUGAGCUGGCAGAGAUGCUCGCGAGCGCCCAGGCCAGCCUGGAAGCCAUGCAGAAGCUGCACACCGCGGCCCAGAACCAGCUGUUUGAGCUGCAGACGCGCAGCGAGGAGGCGGAGGUCGGGAAGCAGAGCUAG